GGUCAAAAUAAAGAAGCGGGAGAGGGCUGAUUUCCACGUAGAUCCGCGCAGGAGGACUGCGGGUGUAGGAGCGAGGCUGCCUUGCCAUGGCAUCUGCCUCUGACAAGUCCUUGCUGUCCGCUGAGUUGCAAGAGGAGGAAGAAGAGGAGGAGUUCCGACGCCUUCUGCUCCAGGCAUCCCAGAAGAUCCAGGGUGCAGUUCCCCCUCCAGUGGACUCCAAGCCUAUCCGACCACUUCCAGGGUUCUGCCUCAAAACCCACACCGAUGCAGGCGAGAAGAUCUUUGUCAACAUCUGCAGGUCCCCUCACAUCCCACCGCCUCCCGACCUGACCAAUGAAGAGCUCGAGUGCCUCAUUGAGUCGGAGAACGCCUCCAACUUCCGGAUCCCCAUGACCCUGGGCGAGCCCCACGGAGAAGUCGACAAGAGCGGUCACGGCUGCACUGCAUACGAUGUCACCGUCAGCACCGACUUCUUCACCAGGGUGGAGAGCAACCACUUCCUCAGGGAGUUCUUCAUCACAGUUGUUUUGGAGGGAUUGUCAGAGAAAUACAAGAUGGAGAUCAGCCGCGCAGAAUGGCGCGUCCUGAAGAACAGGAAGUUCAUGGGUUCCGUAUCAGAGCAAACCAUCCGCACAAAAUCCAGACCCUUCAUACAGGAGAUGGACAGCAGUCAAACCCAGGAGACAACCAGUAAGCUUCUGCAGCCCCUUUAUUCACAGAGUUCUGCCACAGUUCCCGACUUUGCCAUUGUCGCCCAGCCCUCACGCAGCCACCCUGAACGUCUCGUCCUGAAAGUCGGCCUCCCUAAAACGAACUCGGUGAGGUCCCUCGACCUGGACCUGGGAGAAGAUCGGAUCGUACUACAGGACCACCCUGGCCUGUACCACCUGGACAUCUUCAUUCCUUACAGCAUCGUCCCUGAGGAAAGCAAGGCCCAGUUUCACAAAAGAACCAAGAUCCUCACCGUGGCGAUGCCCAUCCAACGCCCCUCUCCGCUGUUGUCGGCGACAAGCAGUCAAUCUGGCAGUGCAAUCAUCUCAGAGGCCGGAGCGCCCGUGUGAGCACACCACCCAAGAAACUCCUGGCCCCAGGGAGGAUGCAGCGGCAGGCCAUGCGGAAUGGAGGCUGAGGAGCUUGCAGCUUCUGCAGCCGGCACGGUGCUGGGCCAGGGGGAGAAGUGGGACACUUCUCUCUCUCUCUCUCUCCCCC